AUGGGUGGUCAAAUUUCUAAGAUGAUGGCCAAACUUUUUGGCUCCAAAGAGAUGAGGUUGCUUAUGUUAGGUCUUGAUGCUGCUGGAAAAACAACAAUACUGUACAAGCUCAAGCUCAACCAAGGUGUCACUACCAUCCCAACCGUCGGAUUUAACGUCGAGACGGUCACAUACAAAAAUGUCAAAUUCAAUGUUUGGGACGUUGGUGGCCAGGACAAGAUCAGACCGCUCUGGAGGCAUUAUUUCUCAGGUACCCAGGGUUUGAUUUUUGUCAUAGAUUCGAACGACAGGGAGAGAAUCGACGAGGCACGACAGGAGCUCCAUCGUAUUAUUCAAGACCGGGAAAUGAAAGAAAGUUUGUUACUUGUUUUUGCGAAUAAGCAAGAUUUGCCGGGAGCGAUGUCUCCACAAGAAGUGACAGAGAAACUUCAGCUGAGCAAACUAAAGGAUCGGAUAUGGUAUGUUGUACCGUCGUGCGCCACGACCGGUGAAGGUUUGAUAGAAGGCCUGGGAUGGCUAUCAAACAACGUAAAGGCUCCAACCACUCGUGCAGCAUAA